AUGACAGCACAGGGAGCUCCCUCCGGUUCCCCCGAAUCUGCACUCGACUCGUCCAAAAUCCUAUCCCUCGCCGCGUCGUGUGUCGAUAAGGAUGCGCCGAAUGUGAGGACGCCAUGGGAGGCAAUUGCGCUCGUGGGCCAUGCGUGCAUGGUCGCGGUCGACUUUAGAUUGAUUGGUCUUAAGGAAGGGCAGACAAUAGUAGAAGACGAACCGACAACAGUGCUUCCUAGUAACUGGAACGACUCUGGAGUAUACUCAUUCAAGUAUGCUCAUCGCCAGUCUGCCAUGCAGUUCCUCCUCAAAAUCAUACAGAUAGGAAAUAACGCCGUCAUUUCUGCGCUCGCUCUUGGACACGACAAAACUGCUUCGUUCGAUAUCACGAUUCGUGAUUACAUCUCUCUGUCAGCUCUCCCACUCGCUCCAUCUUCGGAUCUAGCAGAUUCCCUACGGCGCGUAUUUAUUUCCCCCGAACGCUUAAACGAUCUAAUCUCAUUAUUCCGAAUAAAUGUAAUUCAAAAACUUGUACCUGGGCUCCAAAAAGAGGGAUAUGAGGAUAGCUUCACCACGUCUCAGAACCGCCAGGAAGCGGAGAAUCAAAGGCCCACUCGUGAUCCUCUUCGAGAUGAUCGGUUUCCUCCGCCGGCCCAGCCACACCCAUUCCACGACCCACUCGCCGCUCCGCCCCGCCGCCCGAUUCCCGCCGGAGAUUUCCCACCUCCAGGCUUCGAAGAUGAAUACGAGAUCAAUGUUCCGCCGCGGGGAUAUAACCCGGAAGCACCAUACGGCGGUGAACGCCGCCCUUUGAACAUUGGAGAGCGCGAUCUAUACCCUCCUGGCUUAGGCCCACACGAUCCGCUACGACCGCACUUUGGACCAUCAGGGGGUGGUGGCGGGAUGCAUCCGACUUUUGACGACCCGCUAUUUGGGGGCACAGGCGGGCAGCCGGGACCUUAUGAUCCACAAGUUCCGCCAGGGGCUAGAUAUGACCCCGUGGGUCCGGGGGAUGGGAGACCGUUUGGUCGAGGGGCGGGGCGGGGUGGAGGGUUUGGACCCGGCGGAGGAAAUCCGUUUGGCGGAGGUCUUGGCGGCGGAUUUGGAGGAGAUAUAAUUUGA